UUCUUUUUCAUUCAAAAGGGAAAUUUUCCAAUUUCUGCACUUUUUUUCUUUCUUCUUCUUCUUUUCUUCUUGGUAUUUCUCAUUAUAUCAUUCCCUCAUGUCCUUCUCCUCUUUUUUCUAUCUUCCUCUACUACCGUUCAUUUUCUUAUUAUUAUUAUCAUUAAUUUCAAUAUAUGACAAGUUGAUAUUAGCUGACCAGACAGUCGUUACCACUUCAUUUAUUCAAACUCUAUCUUUGAAAAGAUUAUACCACUAUCAUUCCAAUUCUCUUCAUCGAUACCGACGUCGACCUUCAAAAGUACUGCAACAAAAUAUCAACGACACUUUUUAUACAAUGAAACAAACCUUGGACUAUUAUUCAAAACCCUCGAAAGAAUCAUUGAACUACUUUUUACAACGUCGUAUCUCUCGGUGGCAGGUUGUUCCUUCAACUCAUAUAACAAUGGAAUCUACUUGGGGAUUUGUACCUGACGUGACCGAUCAUGCUACAGUACUUUCCAUGGCAAAAAUGUCUUAUGAUGCUUAUUCGGUAGUAGGUGGGUCAGACUGGUAUGACUUGGAUAACCAAUGGGUAGUGAAUGAUACCUUUGGAUGGAAUGAAGAUGGAUUGAAGGGUCACGUCUUUGGAAAUACGGAUAAUUCUUUGAUGGUGAUCGUUAUCAAGGGAACAACGGCUGGUUUAUUUACGAAUGAUCCUACUGGUGAAAAAGAUAAACUGAAUGAUAAUAUGCUCUUCUCUUGCUGUUGUGCAAGAAUUAGUCGUUUAUGGACUCCUGUUUGUGAUUGUUACCAAGGAAAUGAAUAUCGUUGUGAAAAUUCUUGUAUUGAAAAAGCCAUUUUGAAUGAAGAAUUAUAUUAUGAUCAUGCUCUAGCAGUGUACAGAGAUAUUAGUGAUCAAUAUCCGGAAGCUACUAUAUUUAUGACAGGUCAUUCUCUUGGUGGUGCUUUGGCUGCAUUAGUGGGUCAAACAUAUGGAGUUCCUGCUGUAUCAUUUGAAUCUCCUGGAGAUCGUUUAGCUGCAAGACGAUUACAUUUACCUCAAGCUCCUGGUUCUCGUACACCUAUUUUUCAUUUUGGUCAUACUGCUGAUCCUAUAUUUAUUGGUUUAUGUACCGGUAUUUCAAGUUCUUGUUGGUAUGGUGGGUUUGCAAUGGAAACACGAUGUCAUACAGGAAAGGCAUGUGUUUGGGAUACAGUUAAUGAACAUGGAUGGAAAGUAGAUAUUAGAUCUCACAGGAUUGGUGAUGUCAUUGAAAAAAUUCUGAACAAACCUGAAGAAUUUCCAUUACCAAGAUGUCUUCCUGAACGAGACUGUGUCGAUUGUGGUUUAUGGGACUUUAUUGAUGAUCGUGAUUCUCCUGGGAUAUAUAGAAAUAAAUCUAGUAAUAGUUGUAACAUAUAGUGUGUAUUUAUAUAGAUAUUUAGUUUUACUUUAUAGUGUAGUUUUAAUUUGUUUUUGUUUUGUUAAUUAGCAAUAAAUAAAAAAAACCACUCCUCC